AUGGUGUAUCUCUACGGCGGAGCAUUCACAAGCGGCUCCAUUAACGCCCCGAUGUUUGAUGGAAAGAUUCUCGCCUCCGUCAACGAUGUCGUUGUUGUUACCGUCAACUACCGUGUUGGUGUGCUGGGCUUCCUGUACCUCGACGCCAACACCGUCCCGGGGAACAUGGGUCUCAUGGAUCAGACACUUGCCAUUAAAUGGGUGCACGAGAACAUUCAGAACUUCGGCGGAGAUUCCAACAGGAUUACCUUAUUUGGACAAAGCGCUGGUGCGGGAUCGGUGAGCCAUCAUUUAUUAUCUCCCCUCUCUCAACCAUUCUUCACGUCAGCAAUCAUACAAAGCGGGUCACCAUUAACGUCAUGGGACCUUCUCGCGGACAAAGAAGCCAAAACAAAUGCGAUUGCAAUAGCUAAAAAGGCAAACUGCAGCUCCAUGCAUACAAAUGCGGAAAUAUAUGAGUGUCUCAAUGAACAGAAACCUGAGUCUCUGAUUAUACUACAGAACGGCUUGGUCCAAGGAGCCAACGUUGCGUUUGGACCGGUCGUGGACGGUACAUUCCUCCCAGAAAGACCGCUCGCCAUCUUGGAAAAGGGAGCAGCGAAAAACGCCAGUGUUCUAUUGGGUGUCACUCAGAAUGAGGGCGCGCUUUUUCUGUACUAUGGACUUCCCUCCGUGUUUAAGUGGCGGAAUAACCUCACCAUUACGAAAGAAGAGUUCAUGUCUAACCUUGAAGCUCAGGGAAAGAUACAGGGUGGGUCGAACGCGACCGUCGAGACUCUUUAUCAAGAGUACGUGCUGUCUCGCGUUGAGUCUGAGCGGGACUACGUGAACAUAGCUGACAACGUCCUUGGCGACUACAGCUUCAAGUGUCCCGUAACAAGAUUUGCUGGGUUCCUGGCAAGGUCAAAUCCAACAUAUAUGUACUCAUUCAACCACAGACUGCUGUCAGCCAAGGAGCCCAACUGGAUGGGGGUCAAGCAUGGAGGGGAGCUGCCCUUAGUUUGGGGUCACGCCCUAGACCCGAACGUGAACUUGACCUUUACAGGCGAUGAGAAGACGUUAAGCCGGGUUAUGAUGUCAUAUUGGACCAACUUCGCAAAAUUCGGGGAUCCAAAUGGCGAAACCAGCAGUCUCACCCAGUGGCCUCGCUUUGAUAAUCUGCGCGAGCGCUUCCUACAGCUGGACGUAGGCAGUAACCUAGCAACCGGCCAGGGAUUGCGGCGCAGACAGUGUGUGUGUCUCUACCAGACAGUGCCUCUGGUGGCGUCCCUGGAGCAACGUGAGUCUAAGGCCGACACAACCAGUGAGCCGUGCAUCGGUCCUGUGAACGCUGUGUUCCUGGCCACACGUAACCAUGGGAACAACAGUGCCGUGAACUGUACCAUUUUGAAGACAUUCCCCACGGAGUUCAGCCUCUUCUACUGA